AUGGCUCUUCUAGACCAGAAGCAACCGGACGCCUGGUCGUACCGACAAAGUCACCAGUUUGCCUGGGAACAUCAACCCACCACAACUGCAAUCAAGCCUACCAUCCCGGCGACACCUGCUCCAGCCCCCGUGAACCAGGUGAUCAAUGGCAACUAUCUCAGCGAGGCUAGUCGGCAAGUUGAAGCUCUUUCUAAAGCCAUUGGGCAAGAAGAGGCCAUAAGAGAGAAGCUGUUAUACGCCUUGAAGUUUUCCGGGGGUGAAUGGUGUCAAAAUGCCAUACCACAGAAGCUGGACACAUCAGCCUGGGUUUCUGACGUGAGCAAUGAUCACUCGCCUUACGAGUACUCAUUGGCUCUCUCCCAGCAGACCGGAGCAUCUGAGCUGCGCUUCUUGAUCGAAGCCCAGCCAAAAGAAAACAGCUUAAUCGCCCUCCAAGAAACAACCUCUCGCUUGACCGACGACAUAGCGACAGAGUACGGCUCCACAAAGGUCUCCCUGGACCGUCUGAAUCUCGUUCAAGACUUAUUUCUCCCCGCGAAGCCAGAGGGUAAGCUAGCCUCAUGGCACAGCUUCGUCACCUCAAGUACACUGGAAAAGUGGAAGAUUUACCUGAGUCCACUAGCCUCGGGGAGACAAAACGCCUUCAACGUGACCCGAGAGGCCCUAGAGCGCCUGGGACUGGCCACCUCGUGGAAACUAUUAGAAAACAUGAUGACUGGCGACGACUAUCCCAUCUACUUCUCGCUCGGCCUGUCGCCGAACCCAGAAGAGGCCGAAGCCAAGGUAUACGUUGCACACCCUGGCGCAUCUGCAACGCAAAUCGCGGAAAAACAUGUCAAGAUGGAUCCCAACUCCAAUGUCCAUGAUAUCGAGCAGUUCUACUCAAUUAUGUCUGGUGGAUCGCUAGGGCCGUACCAUGGAGAACCAGGGGUAUCCUGUUUCCAUUUCAAGAACAAAGAUCCGUCUCGGCCGGUGGCUCGAACAAUCCUUUACCCAACGGGUUGUCAUGUAGCAAAUGAUGCCGUGGCGCAGGAGCGCAUUGAAAUUUAUAUGGAUGCUAUUUCUGCGCCUCAGCUUUACCGAGAGAGGUAUAGAAAUGCUGUUAGUGCUGUGCAGCGUCGGCCGUUGGAGGCUGGUCGUGGUAUCCAUAGUUGGGUGGGUAUGAAGGAAAAGUUGGAUGGCAAGCGGUCCAAUACGUUUUAUCUCUCAGCUGAACUGUACGGGUGUCUUGUUGAUGAGGCUUCGAAUGGUGGCUGCUGA